GAGGAGAUAAUGAGACAGUGGAGGAGAGUCUGUUCAAGCGUUCAGUCUGUGCAGCAGCUCUCACUCAGUCUCUGUCUGUCUCUCAGCCUGUCUCACUCUCAGGAUGGACCGGUGUCAUUAUGGAUCAUUGAUCAUUCUGUUUCUGCUGCAGAUCAACUGUUUACAUUCACUUUACAUCACUGACGACACAGAUUCUCUCCAUCAGAUUCUGUCAGAGUUCAGACUCGUUCGUCCAAUCAGGACCGACUCACUGGGACGUUUUAUGUCAGCGUCAGUCUCCGCCCACCACCGCCCAAAAAGACACGCCCACGCGACCAAGGACACGCCCUCUGAUAAGAACAAUCCGGGACACAAAAAACAGACUCAGACAGACACGCCCACAGAUGCGUCACCAUUCAACCAGGCAGAUCACAGCUGGAGGGGGCAAGGUCAUAGGGCCGAGGAGAGGGAGCUUUUCUAUAAUGUGACCGUGUUUGGUCAGGAGCUCCACCUGCGACUGCGUCCGAACUCUCGUCUCAUCUCCCCCAGCGCUACCAUGGAGUGGGAGGAGUCAGGACAGCUUCACUCACAGCCAAUAGGAGACGCCGGCUGCUUCUACACAGGAGAGGUGUCCAACAUGGAGGACACAUCCAUUGCCAUCAGCAACUGUGAUGGGCUGGCAGGGCUGAUCCGUACCAGCCAGGACGAGUUUUUCAUCGAGCCGUGGGAUCGAUUGACUACAGGAGGAGGAGGAGAGGAGGAAGGAGGGAGACAACAUGUCAUUUAUCGCUCCUCAGCCGUGAUCAGGGCCCAGCCGGCUGUCAAUCAAACUGACACUGUCAAUCCCGGGUCUGAGGACUUUGUCCCAGGUCCUCUUUUAGGUUCUUUGAACUUGAACCAGAAUAUGUUCUGGUCAGGAUCGGGCUCAGCUCGACGCCGGCGCUACAUCGAGGAGGCUGAACUGUUUUAUAUCGAGGUUUUGUUGGCGGUGGAUUAUUCAGUUCUUCUUUUCCAUGGCCGAGACCACAUUCAGAAAUACCUUCUGACCCUGAUGAACAUAGUUAAUGAGAUCUAUCAGCACCAUUCUCUGGGUGCCAACAUCAACAUUGUCCUGGUCAGAAUCAUCAUGUUGUCUCCAGCAAAGUCCCAGGAGCUGAUUGCUGUGGGGAACCCACAGAAGAGUUUGGAGAAUGUUUGUGGCUGGUCCUAUCUUCAGCACAGGGAGCAGAGUCACGCUGAGCAGCACGACCACACCAUAUACCUGACCAGGCAGGAGUUUGGCCCCUCCGGCAUGCAGGGUUACGCUCCAGUAACAGGAAUGUGCCAAUUACAUCGGAGCUGUGUCCUUGUCUUUGAGGAUGGGUUUUCUUCAGCUUUUGUAGCUGCACACGAAACAGGACACGUGUUAGGCAUGGAGCACGACAGUGAGGUGAAUGACUGCGAUGACGACGGCAGCAUCAUGUCUCCACGGGUUCAGGCCACAUUCCGCCAUUACCACUGGUCUCGGUGCAGCUGGGGGGAGCUGCACGAAUACCUGCAAACAUACGACUGUCUCCGUGAUGACCCAUUCAACCACGAGUGGCCAGCUCAGCCUCAGCUGCCGGGGUUUCAGUACUCAAUGGAUCAACAGUGUCGUUUCGACUUUGGAAGUGGAUACAGUGUCUGUACUGCAUAUUCGAGCCAUGACCCCUGUAAACAGCUGUGGUGCAGCAGCUAUGACCACCCAUUCUUCUGUAAGACCAAGAAAGGCCCACCGCUCGACGGGACGAAGUGUGGACCAGGAAAGCAUUGUUUUAAGGGUUACUGUAUAAAGUUGACCCCUGAACACCUGCGACAAGAUGGUAACUGGGGAACAUGGAGCUCGUAUGGCAGCUGCUCAAGGACCUGCGGGGGCGGGGUCAGGUUUCGGAGCAGACGCUGCGACAACCCAGCUCCAGCCAAUGGGGGGCGCAUCUGCUUCGGGAACAGUUACGAGUUCCAGCUGUGCAGCCGGGAGGAGUGUCCACCGCUGACUGACUUCAGGGAGGAUCAGUGUAAAGUCUGGAAUCCAUUCUUUGAACAUGAAGGAAGGAAACACCACUGGCUGCCGUACCAACACCCUGACCCUGACGAGCGCUGCCAUCUGUACUGCCAGUCGAAGGAGACGGCGGCGGCGGUGUCCAUGAACAGAAUGGUGCAUGAUGGGACGCCGUGUUCUUAUGGUGAUGCCUACAGCGUCUGUGUCCGAGGAGAGUGUGAGCAUGUUGGUUGCGAUGGGCAGAUCGCUUCAGACCAGCAGGAGGAUAGAUGUGGAGUCUGUGGAGGAGAUAACUCCAGCUGCAAGGUCAUCAAAGGAAACUUCACCCGCAGCACCAAGAAACAAGGAUACCUAAAGAUCCUGGAGAUCCCCAAAGGAGCGCGACACCUGCUGAUCCAGGAGUUCAAAGGGACUCCUCAUGUCCUGGCGUUAAAGAACCAGGAGACAGGUCACCUCUUCCUCAACGAUGGAGAUGAGCUCCCACAAUCCCGAGUAUUGAUUGAGAACAGUGUAGCCUGGGAGUACAGCAACACUGAUGAGCAGGAGUCCAUCCAGACCACAGGGCCUCUGAAGUAUGGGGUCCUGCUCAUGGUUCGCCCCGAUGGCGACUCCAAGGUGACAGUGUCCUAUAAGUACAUCAUCCAGGACCGUCUCCGGUCCUCGCUGGAGUCCAACAUGGUGCAGGAGGGUGCCAUCUUCUAUGAGUGGGCGCUGAAGAAGUGGUCGCACUGCUCCAAGCCCUGUGGAGGAGGAAAACAGUACACCAGGUUCGGCUGCAGGAGGAAGGCUGAUGGUAAAAUGGUUCACAGGAUGUUCUGCUCCAACAUCAGCAAACCGAGAGCCAUCAGCCGCAACUGCAACACCAAUGCCUGUAGCUCGCCACGCUGGGUGACAGGGGAUUGGGAGGACUGCAGCGCCUCCUGUGGUCAAACCGGGUGGCAGCGCCGCUGGGUGAGCUGCCAGCAGGAGUCCAGCAGCGGACAGAAGCUGCGCUCGGUGCUCAGCAAGCUCUGUGGUGAUGAUCGACCAGACGGAAAACGCACCUGCAACCGCUUCCCCUGUCCCGCUGCCUGGCGAGCCGGGCCCUGGACCUCGUGUUCAGUCUCAUGUGGAACUGGGACUCAAGAACGUCAGGUUGCAUGUUCAAGUCCCAGGGGUUCAGCUGGAAACUGUUCAGAGCCUCGGCCACUCACAACCCGCACCUGCGAGGCCCCACUUUGCAGGGGUGACCAGAAUAACUCCACCAUCCAGUGGCUGUCCAGGUCCAACCCAGACUUCUCAGCUCCGAGCAUCUCCUCCACUGCUCCUGCUGUGUCUCCAGGACAGCGUUGCCGUGCUGACCGCUCAACAUUUUGUCGAAUGGAAGUGUUGCGUCGGUACUGCUCCAUCGCUGGAUACCGACAGAUGUGCUGCAAGUCCUGCAGCAAAGGAAACUUCAGCAACUCCAACAACUUUAGCAACUUCAGCAGCAUGAACCCAUCACUCAACACCAGCAGUUUGUGGAGUUUGACCACGGAGAUGACAACUUCAGCUUCCACCUCCACCUCGUCUGACAGCGGCCACAUCAUUGGUGACAUCAUCAGCAUGCCACCUACCACCUUCACUGUAGGUCCAUCCCCCACCAGAAGGAGCAGCAGUGAUUUUGUCUACGUUGAGUAUGAUGAUUAUGAUGAAUAUACAUCCUAUGAGAAUCCAUCGAUUUCAUCUGAGCCUGAUGAGAUUGUUCCAACUACCGCUAGUACAACUACAAGACGUCCAAGAAAAACUGCACCACCACAUUUAUUGAAGAAGACAACUACCACUCCCACAAUGCUCCCUGUGAUAACUGCUGGCAGUCUGACAACAAUGGUGGUCCAGACGUCUGCUGUCCCAGAAUUCUCCACUACAAUGUCACCUGAUUCUGAUGACGUCAUUGAUAUCACAUCAUCAGAAGAGUGGGGCCUUCAAACUGAAAUCAGUCUGAUAGAAACUGAACCAACGCCAACAUCGUCUUCGUCCUCCUCCAUCUCGCUCUCAAAAAAGGAGAACAACUCAGUGGACAGGAUCCCGUACCGGAUCCCGGGUUUGGACAGUGACACCACUAGAGGACAGCAGAACUACUUUGUGCUGCGGAUGCCACCGAUCCGUGAGCGAACACAAAACAAACGUAUCCAGGAGCUCCUGAAUGAGAAACGACGGCAGGAUCUAUUGAGGAGAUCCAGCAGGAGCAGGACUGAUAGGAAACACACCGGAUUAUAAAAAGACUUGAAUAAACCUGCAGACUGUUUUUCUUGUUCACUCUUGAUGUCGCAUGUACAGCUUGCUCACUUCCCGCUACUGCUAGCGGACUCUUAAUGAGAAACAGCAGAGCUGAUUCGUCACACAAUCAUCUCUCAUCUUCAUAACGUUCUGAUGUACAGUUAGUGUUUGAUAAUGAAGCAUCACAAAGUCUAGACCUGGUCCGAGAAGAUGAACUGCAUAAGGUGACCCCUUUGCUUUAGAAAACGCCCGGUCUGUUAAAGCUUUUCUGGUUUUCACAGUCAUGAUGUUUGUACCAAAUAAUCCUGUUUCUAAAUAAAGCAAAGUCUCGUCCA